AUGAUUCCAUCUGUCCAACAAUCUAACAUCUCCCACUUCCAAGUCACUGAAUUCAUUCUUUUGGGGUUCCCAGGCAUCCACAGCUGGCAGCACUGGCUCUCCUUGCCCCUGGCAUUCCUCUACCUCUUAGCACUAGGAGCUAAUCUUCUCAUCCUGAUGACCAUCUGGCGAGAGACUUCUCUACAUCAACCUAUGUAUGAGUUCCUGGGCAUUCUCUCUAUUGUGGACAUGGGCCUAGCCAGCACGAUCAUGCCCAAGAUCCUGUCUAUCUUCUGGUUUGAUGCCAAGGCCAUCAGUCUUUCUGAGUGCUUUGUUCAGAUAUUUGCCAUUCACUGCUUUUUGGGCAUGGAAUCAGGCAUAUUCCUCUGUAUGGCUAUUGACAGAUACAUAGCUAUUUGCUAUCCUCUACGUUACCCAUCCAUUGUCACAGCCACCUUUGUCUUAAAAGCCUCUGGGGUCAUGGUGCUCAGGAAUGUCAUAUUAGUCGUGCCAGUGCCUGUAUUGGCUGCUCAGCGGGAUUACUGCUUCAAAAAUGAGAUCGAACACUGUCUAUGCUCCAACUUGGGGGUCACCAGCUUGGCCUGUGAUGACAGGAGGCUCAAUAGCAUUUACCAGCUGGUUCUAGCCUGGAUGAUAAUGGGUACUGACUUGAUCAUAAUCAUCCUUUCAUAUAUCCAGAUUCUUCGCUCUGUGCUGAGGCUGAACUCUGCAGAGGCUGCAUCCAAGGCCCUGAGUACCUGUAGCUCCCACCUCAUCCUCAUCCUUUUUUUCUACACAGUCAUUGUUGUGCUUUCUGUAACUCACCUGGCAGAGAAAAAAUUUCCCCUAAUCCCUGUGCUUCUUAAUGUGCUACACAAUGUCAUACCCCCUGCCCUCAACCCCAUGGUGUAUGCACUCAGGACCCAUGACCUCAGGGUGGGCUUCUAUCGAGUGCUGGGACUAGACUGUUGA